AUGAGCAAUGGCAACUCGAACGGUGGACGCCUAGAGCAGCAAUUCGCUAAUUUAGGCAUCAGUAAUCAAGGUUCGGGGAGACCUACCGCUGGCCGUUACGUUCCUCCCCACUUGAGAGGGCAUCCUUCCCCUCUUCAACCUCGUCGUGGUAAUGGCUGGCAUCAAAGAAAUGAAAGUGCUGCCGCCGCUGUAGAUUGGAAUAAUCGCAGAACAUCCUUCCCUCGAGCUGACACUUGGGGUGGAAGUCGUAGUGAAAUGAGCUAUUCCUCACCUCAACGUUCGGGUGGUGGCGGGUGGAAUGAUCGAGCCUCUUCACAAAGUGACCGUUGGAAUGCCGGAUAUCGCCAAAAUUUUUCUGGUGGUCGUGGUGGAUAUGGUCGUGGAAGUUUUCAAGAAGACUUUAGUAACAAUUCUCGACGUGAUGAUGGGUAUGGCUCUUGGCGUGAUGGUACCCAUAUUAUUGCCCAAAGAAAUCAACGUAUAGAACGUGAUCUUUUUGGUGCUCCUGAUGAUCCAGAACGUCAGCAUACUGGUAUAAACUUUGAAAAAUAUGAUGAUAUCCCUGUUGAGGCCAGUGGCAACAAUGUUCCCCAAUGUGUUUCACAGUUUUCGAGUCCGCCUCUGGAUACUCAUCUUCUUAUUAAUAUCGAACUGGCUCAUUAUACGACUCCAACUCCUGUACAAAAAUACUCGAUUCCGAUUGUAUCUGCCGGUCGAGACUUGAUGGCAUGCGCACAAACCGGUUCAGGAAAGACUGGUGGAUUUUUAUUCCCCAUUUUGUCUGAACUAUUCAAAAAGGGUCCAUCCCCUCCGCCACAGGAACAACCAGGCUAUAGUCGCGGAAUGUCACGCAGUCGUAAAGCUUAUCCGGCAGGUUUGAUUCUUGCACCAACUCGUGAAUUAGCGUCUCAAAUUUACGAAGAAGCACGUAAAUUUGCAUAUCGAUCAUGGGUACGACCUUGUGUUGUGUAUGGUGGUGCUGAUAUUUCGGGACAACUACGACAAAUUGACCGUGGUUGUGAUCUGCUGACUGCAACUCCUGGUCGACUUGUCGAUUUAAUUGAACGUGGUCGUGUAAGCUUAUCUCAGACUAGAUAUUUGGUACUUGACGAGGCUGAUCGUAUGUUGGAUAUGGGUUUUGAACCUCAAAUUCGUCGUAUUGUUGAACAAGAAGAUAUGCCUGAUGUGAAAUCACGCCAAACACUUAUGUUCAGUGCCACAUUCCCUCGUGAUAUACAAAUUCUGGCACGUGAUUUCUUGGAAGAUUACGUAUUUCUGAGCGUUGGUCGAGUUGGUAGUACGAGCGAGAAUAUCACUCAAAAGAUCGAAUAUGUAGAAGAUGAAGACAAGAGAUCAGUACUGUUAGAUAUUCUUCAUUCACAGCCAGAGACUGAGCGUGGCCUAACUUUAAUUUUUGUGGAAACAAAACGAAUGGCAGACAUGUUAUCAGAUUUUCUAAUAAAUUCAAAUUUCCCAGCAACUUCUAUUCACGGUGACCGUUCACAACGAGAACGAGAACGUGCGCUUGAAUCGUUCCGCACGGGUCGUACACCGAUUAUGGUUGCGACAGCCGUGGCUGCACGUGGUUUAGAUAUCCCUAAUGUUACUCAUGUUAUAAAUUAUGACUUACCAACUGAUAUUGAUGAUUAUGUUCAUCGUAUCGGUCGUACUGGUCGUGCUGGUAAUGUUGGUAUAUCAACGGCGUUCUUUAAUCGUGGUAACAAAGGAAUAGUGAGAGAAUUAAUUGACUUGUUGAAAGAAGCGAAUCAAGAAAUUCCCCAAUGGCUGGAAACUGUGGCGAGAGAAACUUCUGGGUUUGGAGGCGGACGUGGUAGAGGUGGUGGCGGUAGUCGCGGAAGAGGUCAAAAUCGCGAUUAUCGAAAAUUUGGAGGCAAUAAUAAUGAUCGAGGAAAUUAUGGCGGAGGAAAUGAGUGA